CAACGGGCCAGUGUGGGCUGGGUGUCCCUCCCACUGUUUUCCACCCAGCGACAAGGCUGCACAUUGUGCUCAGACCGGGCCAGCGAAGGUUACCCAUAGCCUACGUCUUCCCUCCUUCUCUCCCCGCCUCAGAAGGUAGACUGGCGCACAGCUGCAUCUUUUCAUCCACAACCAACAUUUCGCUCUCAAUCUAACGCGAUCGGACAGCGGGGUGACUUUAUGGUGUCAAAUGGAGGCCUUCAAUUAUAAACUGAACACUUUCUUUGAAUCAUGGAUUGGUCCCAGAGAUCAGCGGGUGCGGGGGUGGCUUCUGCUCGACAACUACCCACCGACCUUUGCACUGACAGUCAUGUACCUUCUGAUUGUGUGGAUGGGGCCCAAGUACAUGAAACACAGGCAGCCCUACUCCUGCAGAGGCCUCCUGGUGCUCUACAAUCUGGGCGUCACGUUGUUGUCUUUCUACAUGUUCUAUGAGCUUCUUACUGCUGUGUGGCACAGCAGCUACAACUUCUACUGUCAGAACACUCACAGUGCACAGGAAGUGGAUAACAAGGUCAUGAACGUCCUGUGGUGGUACUACUUCUCCAAGCUCAUCGAGUUCAUGGACACCUUCUUCUUCAUACUACGAAAGAAUAAUCACCAAAUCACUUUUCUUCACAUCUACCACCACACUAGCAUGCUGAACAUCUGGUGGUUUGUCAUGAACUGGAUCCCCUGCGGCCACUCGUACUUUGGCGCCUCCAUAAACAGCUUUGUCCACGUGGUGAUGUAUUCUUACUACGGCCUCUCAGCCAUCCCAGCUGUGCGUCCGUAUCUUUGGUGGAAGAAAUACAUCACACAGUUACAGCUGAUCCAGUUCUUCCUAACCGUGUCCCAGACAAUGUGUGCGGUCAUAUGGCCGUGUGGCUUCCCCUUUGGAUGGCUCCUCUUCCAAAUAAGCUACAUGUUCACGCUCAUUAUCCUUUUCUUAAACUUCUACUUUCAGACUUACAAGAAGCACCGUGGUUCUCUGAAGAAGGAUCACCAGAAUGGCUCUCCUCUAUCAACAAACGGACAUCUAAAUGGGGCGCCAUCUAUGGAGCAUGCUGCACGCGAGAAGCUGAGGGUGGAUUGACAUUUGAGAAUCUGUCACCCAAUUCUCACUGUGGCGUUUUAGCUAGUGCUGCUACGGGCUAAAUGUACUACUCUAUCUAGUCUAGAAUUCACUUAAGAUGAAAAAAAAGCCAUAUACAGUAUAUCCAGACUUUCCAUGGUUUUGCACACAUUGCUGCUCAUGGUAUGGAGUUGUUAAAUUAAUAUAGUUUAAAAAAAAGAGUAUUGUAGUAUGGUUGCCAUGGCACCAUAGUCCCCCCCUCACCCUCUACAAUUCACUCCAAAUCAAAACUCUUUUUCUUGCUACCAGGAAACAAACAGACAUUUUGCCUUGUUCAGUGAUGCUUUAAACAUAGAAGGUCCAAAGAUGAACGCUGCAUUGUGUGUUAGCAGCUGAAGGUUUUAUCACACCCAACCUAAGGGACAAACAACACACUGCUUGCUAUGGGCCUUAAUGUGUAACUACAGCGUGUGUCUUGUGUCAUGCUUGAUCUCACUCCUGCCUGUGCUGUUGCAUAAUUUUUAUGACAGGUUGUAAGAGCAGAAGUCGCUUUUUGCCAUGUAUAUGCAGAGCAGGGUGUAGCCAAAGCAUAGUGUACUAUAUAUGGCAGGAGUCCUAUUUAAUCCAUGACACAAUGUAGUUUAUUAUGAGCACAAUAUAAACACAUUUCACCUUAACAUCUCCACUUUACCAGAAGUCCAUUUUCUCCUUUCACACUCUAUAAUAUCUACUGUGGUUUUAGCCAGUAAUUGCAAUUAGUACUUGAAUUGCUGUAAUUUUAAAUAAAUCAAGGCACAUUAGGUCUGCAGUAACUAUUUUGCUGCUGGUAAAUAUUUAGCUAUCAGAUUUAUCAAGUGAAUAUAAUCAUACUGUAUAACUGAGUGCUAAAUACUCACGUAUGUUAUAUUCAGAUAUACUUUACUAUGUAGCUGACCAUGGAAACCGCAGUUGAUAAAAAAAAAAAGAGCCAAAAGAUCCAUUUAGUAGAUGCUUUGGAGCUUUUGGUUGUCACAUGAUCUUGCCCAGUUGUCUUGAAAAAGAAAAAUGUCAAUGUAAGCAUCAAAAACACCAAAACAGCUACUAAACUACUAACCUUGUUUUAUCAAAUAUUAUAUGUAUCGGGUGCCUUCUGGACCAGAAUUGGUUGCUAAUGUAGCAUUUUUAAUCUUUUCACUAUGCUAACACCAGUUUGACGUUGGUCCAUUUCUGACUAAUGUGUCAAACUUCACUGUUCAAAUUGUGCACUUGACUCUUUUUCUUGAAAUGAUCAAAUCUCCUAAAAUAAUGGUUUUAUUUUACAAUACAGGAGUAGCUGGGAGAUGUUUGUGACCUGUUUUGCUGAGAGUGAUUCAGCUAUUUAUGCCUCAUGUUAAUAUUUUCUUUUCUCUUUCAGAGUCAGGGGCCUCGUAGUAAAAGCAGGUAUAGAAAACAAUGGCACAAAGAUAUUUGAAUUAUUAUGCUGCACUGCUCCAUUGUGCUGAUUUAAUUUAAUGAGGUACCAUAUGGCCUUUUACCACUGAAGGAACAUGACAUGUUGUUCAGAAGCAGUGACCUAAAUUCAUGCAGCGGGAAUUAUCGUUGAAAUCUGCAACAUACACACAAAGGCCACAAUUCCUCGGCAUGAAGAAUAUGGUCCACAGUCAUGAACCAUAUCCGCUAACUAUUGUUAUUUCCUUUGAAUGUCCAGCUACCUGCCGUCUCACAUUCAGGGUUUACAUAUUUAAGAACAGGGUUAAAUUACCCCCAAUUUGAUAUAGGGUGAGAAAGCAUACAGGUGUGAGAUAUUACAUUUUAUAAAAUGUGAAAUAUUUUUUCUGAAAUCUGGGGUAAAACCGGGUUAACAUGAUGCGACUUAUGCUUUACUCAUUGUAACAAAUUAAAAACAAACCGAAGCUGUAAACCUA